AUGUGGAGUCUGGCAGCUGAGCUGGAGCAGAGAGAAGAGGAAGGACUGGAAGGGAGAGCUGCCUCUGAGGCCCCCACUCCUUGUUCCUGCCUGCUCUGCCAGAGCCCCGGACCACAGCAGCUGGUGGUGAUGAAGGCAAUUAUAGUGAAGAUGGUGAUGUUGAUUAAAGUGAUGGUGGUGAUGGUGAUGAUGGUGGUGGUGAUAGUAGUGAGAUGGCUGUGGAAGGAAGUCGCCUAUGACCAGAGCCUGCCCAACUUCAGCCACAUCCACAUGAUGGUCAGGGGCUACAGUGAAGACCCCCACCUGCUCCUGACUCCUGAGCUGAAGUCAGGAGCCAGCGUUUGUCCCUUGGCCCCUGCACCCUUAGCUUCCUUCCAAGAUGAGCUGGACAUAGACUCCAGCGAAGGUAGCAGCCCUAACUCAUCUCCAACUGACAGCGAGGAGCCGCGCUCUUGUCCACAGAGGCCACAAGCUCCAUGGGGCCUGCUGGACCCCUUCUAUGCCCUAAUCAAUGACACCCCCGCAAAGGAAAAGAGGAAGGCUUCUGCAGACACAAGCCCCGAUGAGCCUGAGGAGGAAGAGGAAGACUUGUACUAUGGGCUGCCAGACAUCCGCGAAGACCCCCUUCCAGACAUGGAGCUGGGCUUCGAGGUUGACACUUGGGGAUGA